UGCGGGCCGCCGAGCGGCUCAGCGGUUUUCUGUCCCCAGCUGUUUUGUACCAGUCGCUCCCCGGCGGAUUAUCCGUCUCUGUGCUCCGCGCUGGAGGCUUUUAGCGGACCUGAGCUGGGGGAGUGACCGGGCUGGAGCGCGCUAACCAUGCCCGUGUGUGUGAGUAAAGCGUGCCGGAGUCUGGCUCUCUCCACCUGGCUGCUGUCCUUCUGCUUCGUGCACUUGCUGUGUCUGGACUUCACAGUGGCGGAGAAGGAGGAGUGGUACACCGCGUUCAUCAACAUCAGCUACCGGGACCCGGGCACCGCCGAGCCCCGCACCGAGAAGACCGAGAGCGGCCGCUACGGAGAGCACUCGCCCAAGAGGGAGGCCCGGGGCCCGGUGUUCAUCCCGCUGCCCGGACACGACCGGCAGGCCUGCGACCCCGGGACCCGCUUCACCCAGCCAGGGGCCCCCGGGACCCCCGGGACAUCCGGGGCCUGGAUCGCCCUGAUAGCCAAGGGCAACUGCACCUACAGGGACAAGAUCAAACACGCAGCCAGCCUCAACGCCUCCGCCGUGGUCAUCUACAACCUGGGGUCGGGCAACGACACCAUCACCAUGCCUCACCCAGGAACAGGAGACGUAGUGGCCAUAAUGAUCCCAGAGCCAAAAGGGCGAGAGAUCGUGGCCUUGCUGGAGAAGAACGUCAGCGUGAUCAUGCACAUCACCAUCGGCACGCGCAACCUGCAGAAGUACGUCAGCCGGACCUCGGUCGUGUUCGUCUCCAUCUCCUUCAUCGUGCUCAUGAUCAUCUCUCUGGCGUGGCUCGUUUUCUACUAUAUCCAGCGGUUCCGCUACGCCAACGCACGCGACCGCAACCAGAGGCGACUGGGAGACGCAGCGAAGAAAGCCAUAAGCAAGCUCCAAGUGCGGACCAUCAAGAAAGGAGACAAGGAAACGGAGUCAGAGUUUGACAACUGCGCUGUGUGCAUCGAGGGCUACAAGGCUAACGACGUCGUAAGGAUACUGCCCUGUCGACAUGUGUUUCAUAAGAGCUGCGUGGACCCGUGGCUGCAGGACCACAGAACCUGUCCAAUGUGCAAGAUGAACAUCCUCAAAGCACUCGGCAUCCCGACGAACGCAGACUGUUCAGACGACGCUCCUCCUGACUACGAGCUGUCCGUCGGCGGCCCUCCCACCAACCCAGCGACCGGGGGCAGCGACGUGACCGUGAGCGAGAGCUCCAUGGCGCUGGACCGCCUGCCUCACCUUUACCAUGAGCCCGAGUCUCUCACGCAGCUCGAAGUGGGCCCACGCAUUGCCAGCAGCGAGCACCAGCCUCCUCUGAGCAGUGACUCGGACACGUCGCUCAUCCUGCCGGUGGAAGUUAGCCUGUCUGACAUUGAGCUUUCCGCUGAAGCUGACCAAGACGAGGCCAAGUCCUGAGUCGCCCCGCCCAGUGGCUACUACAACUUUAGAGGGGGCUCCUAUGGAGCUGAAUACAGACCAGGACCAGGAUGUUGGGGCGGGGCAGGGGUGGUGAAGAGGGGUGGGAAAAAAAGAAAAAAAAAGAACAUAAGCAAUACUUUCUCCCAUAUGGCCUCAUUGAAAAAAAGUCGCAGCGGGUCGGUUUUGAUGUCUCUUCUUUAUUAGUUUUGCAUCACCACGAUUUGGAGGGCCGGGGGGUGUGGCGGGGCGGGGUUUUGGAUCUAAAGCACACAGCGAGUUUCAAGAUGGCAGAUUUGACUGCUUGAAGGAAUUCUGCCUUUUAAAACUUUUUUCUUGUGGGAUCACUGCCAAUGUAUACAUACUGAUAUAUAUAUAUAUAUAUAAAUAUAUUCCAGAAUGGAUAUAAUUAAUUUAUACAUGUACACGAGUAUGUCUAGCUGUGACCAGCGUACUGCAUUUUGUGUCCGGAGCAGUCCGAGUGCAGUCUAAGUAACUGAAAAAUACAACGUCGUCGUUUCGUGUCUCAAGUCGUCCGCUUGAGGUCUCACCAGUGCUCGCCUUUGUAGCAUCUCUGAAACUAUGGCUGCACAACGCUUUCGCCGUCCGAGUGCUGCGGCCCGAGAAGCACAAACCGUAAUGAGUCAGAAAUGUAGAUUAUUUCAGAAACCUCGCUUAUUAUUGAGAAUGUUCAGCUUCUGUUAACUAUUACGUCUUAGUUUAAACAAAAACAAUUUUAAUUAGCCUUCGUUCGUAGCGGUCGUGUCCUCUGAAGUGCCACCGAGAUUUCCUCGCGCUCAUCCUGGCGCGUUGUUGAACAUCACUACCUUCUUCCGUUUUAUUCAUUUUCCGCUCCGUUCCGAAGCACAAAGUCGUUUCACAAAGUUCAAGCUCAGCACCCUGGUCCGUAAAUAAAUAAUCUCCCAGUCGUACCCGUUGUUUGAUACACUAGCAUGUCGGCGGGUUGCUAUUUUACAGCGUGAGAGUGUCGGCUCGAACGGAAUCAUCGCCGAUUAACGUCGCAGAGUUUCACAUACGGAGAGCAGAAGUCUAAAGCACGACUUUUAUUUUAAUAACAUAGUUUUAUUUUUAUAAUAAGGUUUAAAUAAAAAAAAGUUUGAUCAGGCCCUGUUUACAGUCAGUGAGGCGGUCGGUGAAAUAUCAGUCAAAUUUCAGUCUUGAUUUCAUUCAUUAUCCAAAGAAGGAUAGGGUUAUUUAUCGCGUGUCAGCAUACGUGUUUCAGUUGAACCUGUAACCGUGUCCUCGUCCUCUAUGUUUUAAUCAAGCCUUUAUUCCACUAGCACUCAUGACAAAAAGCGCAUCAGUGUCGUUGCUUUUUUUUUUUCCCUCCAAUCCAUUUUCAUCACCUGUACUCACACAGUUUCAGCAGUCUUUAUCAGUUUAUUAACUCUAGCAAAAGCAAGCGUUCCUUUCUUCCCUUCGCUUUUUGUGCGCUAUUAUCCGUACGUACAGCAGGUUCCUCACCGGCCCCCAGACCACCAGGUGCAGGACUGUCCGGAAGCGCCGCAUUAAUUAUUUUACACUGAAUAUGUGCGGAAAAGAGCUUUUUUGUUCCGUCACGCUGGUGAAGCAGAACAGUAAAUCUUACGGUAAGAGACAUGGCACCAGAACAGCUGGAAUAAACAGGAACCCAUUACAUUUCACUCUCUUUCGAAAUGGAAAGUCAGAACCGACAGUUACGGCGGUUAUGACGUCUGUGUAUUCACACUACAGAGAAGGAGAAUGAAUUGCUGUUUUCCUGGUGACGCCUUGAGGAGCCAUGUUGGUUUGAUGUCGAGUGCCGAUCUCGAGGCGACAAGUGGAAGAGAGGGAUUUAGGAUUUGUCUUAUAGACAUGUUACCUUUCAUAUUCAGGAGCUUAAACCCCCUUUUCCGACUGGAGACAAUUUCCUCAGUCUGUGCUUCUGAGGUCUCCUUUAGCAUGAUGUUUUAUGAAUCAGUGGUUAAAUGUUUGUUGGAUUAUCAUUAGAGCCAGCAGAUGAACUGAUCAGAUUUUGGAAUUGAUCAGGAUUAACAUCAUAGCAAGGUCAAAUAAAUAAAUAAAUAAAUAAAUAAAUAAUAAAUUUCCAAAGCUUUGUUACAAGUUAUGUCACGUACACACUCACAAUCAGGAAUUCAGGGCAUAUUUUUUGGCUACCUGUAAUUUAAAUCUUUUUGCGCUCUGUCCUUACUUACAUCUAUCGGAGCUUUGUGUCAGUCUGAAGAACAGGUGGUUAAAUGUUUUUAGGAUUUCUAUAAAGUUAUCACUGUAACCAGCAGAUGCACUGAUUAGUUUUUUGAAAUUGAACUAACUUUUUUUUUUUUUUAAUUAGCUUCCUCUCUGUUUUUAUACACUGCCUGGCGGGAAAAAAGUCGGUAGUAGUUACUGCUUAAGAAGGGUUUAUUUAUAUAUUUUUUUGCCCUCCAUCAAGCAAAAAAAAAAACAACUAAGGAGAUGGGAAGUGGCGGAGGAACUGUCCGAGACAUUAUUAAAACCUGGAAGGAUGCUGCUGCAACUACAUCGUCGAAAAGUGAUUGGGGAAAAAAUAAAUAAUAUAAAUGAAGAUCAAUUCACCGCUUGGUGAUGUUGCAUCAUUAAAAAAAAGUAACCGAGCAUUUCUGUAUAAUCAAAGGAUUGGGACUAAACAGCUGUCUGUCCAUUUGUUAGUGAGAAUUAUCAGGGGAAAAGGCUUCAGUUUAAAAGCUAGGGAGCAUAAAGACUGGACUUUGGAUUGAUGUGGAGAAAGCUCAUGUGACCUGAUGAGUCCAGAGUGAUCCUAUUCCAGAGUGAUGGGCGUGUCAGGGUGAGAAGGGAAGGACAUGAAGCAAUGCUCCCAUCAUGCAUAGUGUCCACUGUACAGGCCUCUGGAGUGUUAUGAUCUGGGGUUGAUCAGGUCUAGACUCAGUAACGUUAUGGGGUAUACCUAAAUGUACUGAAUCACCAGAGGAUCACAUCUAUGGAGGGUUUCUUUCUUCCAUGAUGGACUGCGCCAUAUUCCAGGACUGGGAGAAAGCACAAGGAAUCAUCUUCAUAACCGAUAUUCAUUUGGCUCCAGGCCGCUGCCCACUCUCCACCAGCACGAAACCCAUUCUGGAACAAAUUAGCGCUGAAGGUUUUAUUGGUUUUCUUGUUAAACCGGGUGCCAGCCUUACAGAUAUUUAAAGGAUAAUGAAGAGCCAGUAUCGUUUAAUAUUUAACAGUAAGUCAAUAAGCACAAAGUUUCAUAAUGCAGGACUGUAGAGGAGAGGUUGUAGUUUUUCCCCCUGCUCGUUUUUAAUCAGACUUUAUAUUACGUCUUCAUUUAAGUGUCAUAUUAUAUGAUUUUUUUUUUUUGUUAACUUGCCAUGUUUAUAUGUUUAUCAUGGUCCUCAUUGUGUGUGUAAUUUAUUAUAAAGAGAAACGUUUUCUUUCUGCUGAUCUCUCACACAGCUUGCAGUAGUUCAGGUUGUGUAGCGCGAGAUUAUGUAAUCACACAGGGUCCAGCACUGACCGCCAAAUCUUCUGACAAACAGCUUACUGUGUGUGUGUGUGUGUGUGUGUGUGUGUGUGUGGAGAGAAGCAGGCCUUGUGAGCCAGUAAAAGGCCCGUCUUGAAUGAAGCGAUGGACGAUUGUAGCAUCCACUUUACGCAGGGUUUGUUUUGUGUGUUAAACCCAUUCCUGCGAUCCUCGGCCGUGCUCGAACGUUCAGCAUUUCCACUAAUCCUCAUCGCAUCAUUUCUUCUAAUUCUUUGACUAAAAUAAACCCAAAUGAUCCAUCUUUAUAUAUUUAUAGAUUGCGAACGUUACUGAUACACAGCAGGUGUGACUGAGUCGUUUAUGCUCUCACUGAUGAGACUGAAGGAAGAGCUGAGAUCCUCAGUGGUGGUUUAGCAGCACAGUUUUGCUUUUUCAUUUUUUUUAUUUUUUUUUUUUUAACUCAAAUGACUACAGGCCUCAUUUUUUCAAUUUGUUUAUAAAGCUGUGGAAUUAUUCUUGAAAGGAAAAACCAAAAAGG